GGGAAAGGGCGACGUCUGCGCCCCGGGGCGGAGCCCGGCAGGGCCAGGGCAGGCCAGGGCGGGGCGGGCAGACUGAGAGCAGAACGCCGCAGACUUCUGCAGCCUGCGCUCGCCAUGAAACGGCCCAGGGAGCAGAGUGGCUCCGACGGCGAGUCGGACGGACCCAUCGACUUGGGCAGCGAGGGCGACCUGAGCCAGAUGGCCAGGCCGCUGUCCAUUCCCAGCCCUUCGCAGAUGCAAGCCAGGAAGAAACGCAGAGGGAUCAUAGAGAAACGGCGCCGAGACCGCAUCAACAGCAGCCUUUCUGAAUUGCGGCACUUGGUGCCCACUGCCUUUGAGAAGCAGGGCUCGUCCAAGCUGGAGAAAGCCGAGGUCCUGCAGAUGACUGUGGAUCACUUGAAAAUGCUCCACGCCACCGGUGGGUCAGGAUUCUUGGAUGCCCGAUCCCUCGCAAUUGACUUCCGGAGCAUUGGUUUCCGGGAAUGCCUCACAGAGGUCAUCAGGUACCUGGGGGUCCUGGAAGGGCCCAGCAGCCGUGCAGAUCCUGUCCGGAUUCGCCUUCUCUCCCACCUCAACAGCUACGCAGCUGAGAUGGAGCCUUCGCCCAUACCCACCAGCCCCCUGGCUUUGCCUUCAUGGCCCUGGUCCUUCUUCCAUAGCUGCCCAGGGCUGCCAGCCCUGAGCAGCCAGCUCACCAUUCUGGGAAGAGUUGCCAGCCCUGUAGUCCCUAGUGCCUCCCCUCUCGCUUACCCCAUCCCAGCCCUCCGAACCGCACCCCUGCGCAGAGCCUCUGGCUCCAUCACGCCCACACGGAGGAGUGUGCUACCCAGUCGGGGCGCAUCUUCCACCCAUAGGGCCCGCCCCAUGGAAAGGCCAGCUGCCCCUCUCCAUGUGGCCCCCAGCAGCAGGGCUGCCAGGAGCAGCCACCUCCUUCCACCAUUGCGGUCUUCCUCCUCCACAGCCUCUGGUGCUGUGAGGAGCCCAGCUACUGUGGCUGUCCCAGUCUCUAGGCCUUCUGCAGCACCAGCUGGGAGGCCUCCAGCGGCUGUGCUCUGCCGCUCCUGGGCCCCUGAAAUCACUGAAAUUGGUGCUCUCUGAGCUCCCCACCCUACCCCCAGGGGCAAGGAAGCUCUAAAAUUUGCCACUGCCUUUUCUGCUUUUGCUCUACAGAGGUCUACCCAUCAGAGGUCCCUUCCUCCUCUCUGCUGACACAGUCUGUCUUCCUGGCCCUCUCCCCUAGAAUUGUUCUGAUCCCAAAGAUCUGGUCUCAUUUCUCACCAGUGCAGUGAGUCACAGUGCCUUGUGAGCCCCUAAGGACCCUGCCCAGACCCCUGUCCCACCCAGAACACUUGGAUCUUGGGUCUGAGGUGGAAGCUGUAGAGUAGAAGGAUGCUGUGGCUGGAGGCAAGCUGCCUGCUAUCCUGGAGACAGCUGAGCAAGAGCCACCCACAGUUUUCUCGAGCACCCUGCCACUCCAUCAUGGUGAGGCACAGGACAGGCCCAUUCUCCGCUGCAGCCAAGCGUGGAGGCUGGGGGCCCCCGCUUGAGCAGCUGUCCUGCUGGUGAGGACACCCACCCUCCUGUAGACCAGCAGGCCCCUGCCCGUACCUGGCUUCACCAGGGAGGCCAGAAGGUUUCUGAGCAAGCAAGCACAGGGCUCUGUGACAGGACGCCUUCAUGACUGCCAGGCCAUAACAGCACUGUCAGGCUGGAGCCAGGAACAAGCAAGCGCCGGGCUCCCUGCCUCAGGCAGUCACCAUCUUCCCUGAGGGUGGUCCUGCCCCAUGGGGUGCGCAGUGAGACCAUCCUCUUGGGAUUCAGCACCAGACGCCUGAGCUGCCUGGUUUGCAUCGGCUUGCAGAGCCUAGACUGCUGCCACAGCCAAGGGCUGUCAUGCUGGACAAAAAUAACUGUGAGGAGGGGCAGGAGGAAGAACAAUCAGAGGCGGCUGGGGCCUUCAAGGUCACACAGAGGGUCAAGGCCUGGGAUCCGGGACCCAGAGGCUGCACACUGGCUCUGCUCAGAAGCCGUUUCAUUCCACAGCUCUGCCUUAGGCCAUUCUCCUCUACUGGAAGAACAAAGGGCCUGGUGUCCCUUCCCAGUGAAACAGCAGUGACUGGAAUGACGACGUUCAGGGUUGCCACAUUAGUUGAAAAAGUGCAGAAACAUUUCUGUGCUCAUCAGAAGACCUGCCCCUGCCUCUUGCCCAGUGCCUCUGAGCACCCUGGCACGGGGUGUUUCCCCCAGGACCACCUCCAUCUGGCUAUGCACACUAAGCCCGAGGCUUCGGGGUUCCCCAGCUGACGGCUCACUAGUGCUCAUGUCACACUGGUUAGGAAAUAUUUUCCAUGUCUCUGACCCAAGGCUCUGGGAUCCACAGCCUUGGGUGGGAGCCACCCUCAGAGGCUACCAGGAGGCACCAGGGGCACAAAAGUAAGAGUUUGCCAAAACCUCGGGCCACAGUGUCCUUCCGAAGAAGUGGGGCAGAGGGUAGAAGUGAUUUGAGUGAUCCAGAAAGUUCUUUAAAAGGCAAGGUGCUUGGGAAAGGAUUAAAAGGUAAGUACACCUUUCAUUUCUUAGCAAGAAGAGCCAGUUGGAUCAGCUUGCUGUCCUGUGGAUCCAUCUGAGAUGGGCAGCCACAAGGCAAAAAGGCCUCGCUGCAGAGAGUGGAUUAGAGCAGAGGCUGUCCUGAGUGGGAGGCAAAGGGGGCAGCACAGCCAUGCAGGAUUCUAGGAGUUGGGAGAAGAAAUGACAGAAGGCAAAGACCAGUCUCCCUUUUCUCAUGAAGGCGCACACUCAGGACAGGAAGAGGACAGUCCGUGUCCCUCCCCUGCCCCUUGCUCUCCAGCUACUCCCAGGAUCCCAGAGUGCCCUGCGGUCCUGCAGUUUGGUGACCUCCUAGCCUGAGAGCCCAGUAAGGCUGUGGGAAAUGUAUUCCCAUGCUGUGGGUACCCUGCUCUGAAGCUGUCUGCUGACAGCACUGACAAGAGUUGGAAAUGGCACAGCACUGUCAGCAUUUGGUUGGUCUCAGGUUUAUUCUCCUGAGAACUGUCAGAAAUGUGACUGUGUGUUCAACCCCAUGGAUGGGGGCUUCGUUUCUGUUUCUGUUCUCAAACCUUCCUGGUACCCUGAUUUUCCCCAUCCCAUCACAGGUUGCCAACAAUAAAGAUUCAGUUCUUCUAGAACCUUCCAGUAGAUCCUACGUAAAAAUCUCAGCAGUCCAUCGUCUUGGAAGUCCACAGCCACCGUGCUGCCCUGACUGCAUCUCUGUUCCCCCAGACCACUGUCCCAGCCUCUGCAAGCUCUCCUAGCUUUGCCUCUUGCUUUGUCUGCUGGUUCCUAAAAACCACAGAGAACCUGAAGCACGCGGAUCACACCAUAGCCACCCUUACUUAGAACCCUUCCUCUGUUACUCUUCUGCUUUUGUUCCCAACCCUACUUCAAGCCUCAUUUCCUUCCAGGCCCAAACUUGCACCACCCCUCCUGCUCCCACAGCGUGCCUUCACUUCCUCAGCCUUCCAAUCUUGCUCCUCAAUCUGCUGUUCACUGGAAGAAUGCUCCUCCCAGCUCUGUCUGUGGCUCAGGUCUCUGAACCCUGAGGCCUCGGCUCAGUGUUUGUCCCCAGGGCCCUUCCCUGACCACUACACUUGCAAAGUAACUAGAUCUCCCAGGUCCCCACUGUUUCCUCCAGUCCUCAGUUCUCCAGGAGCUUGCCACUGUGCUUGCCAACCACUCAUGUGCUUGCUCCUGGUCAACUGCCCCCACCCACUAGAUGGCAAGCACCAUGAGGCCCAGGAGCACACCUGACCCACCUUCCGCUCUGUACCCAGCACCAAGUGUGGUGCCAGGCCCAUCAUCCCUGUGCAGUAAAUCUUUAUUGGAAUAAAUAAACUGAAGAGA